AAGCGAGCCUGUGUGUAUUUUUUCCUGCUGUUUUCAAGCAUCGGAGUAAAACUAAACAAGCGCGGUGUGGAAGUGGAGCUGCGGCAGAUAAAUUCCAGUCCGGAUGGAUGUUUACAUGCCGGUCAUGAUCGAGGAGACUUUUCAGAUGAUCGCCAGGAUUUGACAAUCUGACACUUGAGUGUUUUGUUUGUUUUUUCACUGUCGGAUGACAGCAGCGAUCGAUCGGACUGUCGGAGCAGAUUCAGCGUCUGUGAUUGUUGUCUUGAAUUCAGCAGCGAGGUCAAGUUUGGCUUUGUUCAUCUGAUGACUUGUGAAUGCGUAACAAGGCUCAGCUCCAGGACGACUGCUCAGACCACUUGUUGAAAUUUCGGAAAAGUUUACAGUUGCCAAUGCACGAAAACAAAAACAAACUUUUCGUUUGUAUUUUGCUAGUUUCGGGUGGAUAUAUUGCUGUGCCUCGGUGGUUACAGUGCUUUGACUUACUUGCAUAAUAACUUGGACAUCUACAAGAAGGAAGGAGUUGAAUUGUGAUCACUGAGAGCUGCCUCGGUGCGGGCUGCUGCUAGCUCUGUUAGCUUUACCUCACACACACACUUCACUCUCGGCUACAUUAGCUGGCUAGCAAAGAAGCUAACUGAACAGUUCACAAGAGUUACUCGAAAGCAUUUUAAUUCACAAACAGUUUGUCCAAGAUACACUUUUUUGACAACUUUCCUGCCUGGAGCGUUUACCUGAAAUGUCAAUUUGUAGUUAUCAAGUUGGCUAUUUCGCGAACUAGCCCAGGCUUACAGUAGCUUGCGAGCUAGAAAAGUUGCUAUUGAGCUAAGCUAAGCUAAGCGUCAGGUAAAAUACUUGCAUUAUUAUUAUCGCCCAUUUAUUACCAGUUCAUAAAUAUACAACUUCAGGUAUAUUUGAAAAAAAAAAAAACAACAACCUUGACAGCUGCAGAGAGAGAGAGAGAGGUAAUGCAGAUACGAGCUAGCGUUAGCUACCAAGCUAAUGUUGUGUAGCUAGCGCGGCUAAACCGGCUAACGAAUCAGGACAGUGAGUAAAAAGUUAUAUACUCAUAAUAUAAUAUUCCUUAUUUUCACGCCUAUAUAUAUAUAUAUAUAUAUAUAUAAAUAUUUUUUUAAAUGAUAAUAAUAUUGUCCUUUUUAGUUUAGACACUUUUUUGUUCCCCCUUCGACUCGCGGACUGAGUUUGACAGCUCUGCAAUAUUUAUUUAUUUAUGUAUUUAUUUAUUAAUUAUUAAAAAUGAUUUUCAUCUCGAGACUAGAGGAAUGUCAACCAUGGGAGGACAGCUGAAACAUAUCUGACAUUUAACUGCAAGCACAGAGCCAGUGGACAUUUGUUUUUGCUGUGAAGUCGGUCUCUAAACUCUUGCGGCCUUGACGAUGUCCGGGUCCCCGGGCUCGAGUAGCUCCUCUAACCCGAGGAAGUUCAGCGAGAAGAUCGCGCUGCAUAACCAGAAACAAGCGGAGGAGACCCGGGCCUUCGAGCAGCUCAUGACGGACCUCACCGUCUCAAGGGUGCAGUUUCAGAAACUCCAGCAGCUCCGUUUGUCUCAGAACCGUGCCCAGUACUAUGGUGGUUCCCUCCCAAACGUCAACCAGAUUGGCAAUGCCAGCACUGAUUUCCAGGGCACCUUCCCGUCUGGUCUUGACUCAGUGAGAGGCACCAGACACCACGGUCUGGUCGAGAGGGCAGUCCAGAGAGACCGCAACCGCAUCAAUUCACCACACCGUAGACCUAUCGACAAACACGGACGGCAGGCAGAGAGUUCUCCUUAUGGUACAGUGUACCUGUCACCUCCCCCGGACAACAGCUGGAGAAGGGAACAGCAGCCAUGGACCGAAGAGAAACGGCCUGGGUUUAGGUUAAUAUCACAGCUCAACAGAACCAACUCCGAUUCAGCCCUGCAUACGAGCGCGAUGAACCCGAACCCACAGGAUCCAUUCAGCGGGAACCAGCAGAUGGGCAGAGGGCCACCCCAGCGCAAUGCCAGCAUGAAUGAAGCGGAGGUGGAUGGAACAGGAGAUGUCUUUUCUUUCCCUGCUGUUCCUAACGAGGAGAGUCUUAUUGGUGUGAGUAAGCCAUUGCCCAGGCAGCUGUGGGAGGCCAAAAAGGUGCAGUCCCUUUCAUCGCGACCCAAAUCGUGUGAAGUGCCUGGUAUCAAUAUAUUCCCAUCUCCGGAGCAGAAUGUUGGUCUGUCUCACUAUCAGGGCACAUUAAAUACAGGUGGCUCUCUACCAGACCUCAGUAACCUGCACUUCCCUUCUCCUCUCCCCACCCCACUUGACCCUGAGGAGGGGGGCUACCCCAACCUGAGCGGAGGCAGCAGCACAGGAAACCUGCCUGCUGCCAUGAUGCAUCUUGGAAUCGGAAAUUCUCAGGGUCUAUCGUCUUCCCUGAGCAACCCCUCCAUCCAGGCAUCACUCAGUAACUCCCAGCUGCCCUCGUCUCUGAGCAAUCCCUCCAUCCAUUCUUCUUUGCGGCUUUCUUCGCUCUCCAACCCUCCUACAGGGGGCAUGGCCACCUCGCCCAGGAGACGACCAGCUCCCAUCAGCCCCCUGACCCUUUCUCCUGGCUCUGAGCAGCGCCGCAGCCUGGGGAAGCAGCUCUCACCCACCAUGUCUCCCUCCCUCUCUCCAAUCACGCAGGGGGUCCCCUUGGACACCAGCAACCUGCCGAUGGAGCCACCUCCUCCCUACCCUCUCUACCAGCAAUCCCCACAGACCUUGCAGCAGCAGUCGACCCAGUCCCAUCCACCCAACCUCCAACAGCGCCAGCCUCAGGGAGGACAGCAGCAGCCUGUUUCCCCUUUGCAGAACAUUACCCUGGAUUUCAACUCCAGUACUCCAAACAACAUGGGCGUGUUCUUCAACGAUCCAUUCCUGGAGCCGCAGUUCUCUGGUCGCCAGUCCAAGUGUCCGUCCUACCAGGACCAGUAUAAUAUGCUGGAGCAUGCCAUGAGCUCUAUGGCCGGAGGAUUUGACCCCUCCUCUAACCUUUAUUCCACCCAAGCUUCGCUUAUGGGCCUGAGCGGUAGCCAUGGCAACCUGCAGGACCCCUUGCCGAUGAAGGCUAACAUGCUGUACUCUAACUGUGGAGGUGCAGUGCCCAAUAUCAUACUCACAGAUGAGUCAAAUCUGAGCCUGUCUAAGGAUAUCAGCAGUGUGUUGUCAGUCGUGCCCGAGUGUUUCGAUUCGGAGGGGGUCUUCCCCCUGGAGGACGAGCUUCGCAUUGAACCUCUGAGCCUGGACGGACUGAGCAUGCUGAGUGACCCCAACAUGGUUCUGCCAGACCCCUCUGUGGAGGACAGCUUCCGCAGUGACAGACUCUGAGGAGCUGCGUGUGUUCAUGCAUAUUCAUUCUCUCUCUCUUUCUCGAACACACAAACGAACUUGUUUGUCCAGUGCUGAGUAAAACUCCAGCAGUAGAACUCGAUCCUACUUCACACCCGCACACAGGCCCACACAAAGGAAAAACAUACGGCCCUUUUUCCUGCACAGACAUACACUACAGCUUCACGUACAGUGACUGGUGAGAUGUUCGCGCCUUACGAUGAAUCACAGGAGCGUCGUCUCUCAGGGGCCGUUCUCACUCUGGGUUCUCCAUCUGCCACUCGAGACAGUGACGACUGCGAUAUUCACAGUGAGCAUGCUCCGUGAAUUCUGUCCGAUCACUUCGUACACCCGUUUCUCACACACACAGGAAGCCUGAUCCAGGACUGAAAAAUACUUUUUAAUCUGUUGAUCUGUGGCCAGUCUUUCAUGUUAACUCUUCAGAUGAGAAAUGAUGAACCCCUGCAGGAUUCUGAGAUGAGAACAUGUGCAUAAAUCCGUGUCACAUCCUGUUUUUUUUUUUUUUGUAGCAUCAUUACCUUUCAGGAGUGACGCCAGCAGCAGUGUGGUUGUUAUUUCGAUCUUUAAUCGUUUCUGACUUGCCUUCGUAAAAAGAACCCGUCUGAGUCAAAAGCAAUCCUAAAUAACCUGACAAUCAGGCACUGUCAAAUGGAUGCAGCUUUACGACACGAGACUUGUCCGACCUGCUCCACCACAUCGCAGGUUAUUUCCAGUGGCUAGAACCAAAAGAAUGGGCUAUUUUUACAUUCAGAAAGCCAUGUUUGCUUUCAGGCACGAUUGUUAGAAAUCAGAAACGGUUUCCAAUUGGAUGCCAAAUAGCAGCUGACUGCGGGGCCUUUUAUCUGUCCGGCACAGCCCGAUCUGCAGUGUGUGAUUAUGUAUGUGUGUUUUAUAUAUAUAUAUAUAUAUAUAUAUAUAUAUAUAUAUAUAUAUAUAUAUAUUACACACACUUUCAUAUAAGAGAGAGAGAGAAUAUAAAACAGCACGGUGCGUUGUGGAACAGAAGGAGCUAGCAAUCUGCCUGAUCGCAGCUCAUAUUGAUACACCACAUGCGCCGUGUCUGUGCACCAGCAGAAUGGGUCGAGCCAUUUCCCUUCCCUCUAGACUGCAUAGCACGAGCUAAGGGUUUCGGUGAAUUUUGUCCCUCGUAGAUACAUUUUAAGAAUGGAGAGAUGAGGGAAUCAGGCUUUUCUGUACAGAGCAUUAUUUUUCAGAUUGCUUUGCUUAUCUAGUUUUUUUUUUUUUUGUAUUGAAAAGAAUUGUUAAUCACAAAUACAUACGCCUCAUAAUUUCAAAAAGGGAAAACUGUUUACAAAAAGGUUAAAGAAUUAGUACUUCUAAGUAGGAGUUAAAAGUUUCUAUCAUUUUGGUAUCAUUCUGGAAGAAUAUAUUUGUAUCUUUUAUCGGUCUGUGAAUGGAAACCCUUUUCAUGCUUUCAGCUAUGCAGAACUUAGUAUCAGAGUAAACUCAGUGUCCCAUAUGAGAGGAACUAUUUUAUGUGUAUAUUUAAUACUAUAUACCAGUUCUAUACAUAUAUAUAUUCACUUUAUACAUUUUAUACUGACUUGUACUAUGUGUUGUAUGGUGGGUUUUUUUUUUUUUUUUUUUUUUGCUUUGUUUUUUUUAAUGUCAAUCUGUCAAGCUCUGAAUUUACUAUGUCCCGUUUUGUGGUGGUUUUAUUGAACGCUUGGCCUGUAUUCCCUCUGUGGUCAGAAUGUGUAGGCGUGGACAUGGUACACAUUAAACACUGCAUUUAUUGCUGGCUUCGAAAGAUUGCGCUGAUCAUCCGAAGCGGCCGUACGCGUUUAUUUUUAAAGGGACUGAAUUCCUUUUGGCUAUGGAUGUCGCUAUAAUGAGCGGCACGGUGGUGUAGUGGUUAGCGCUGUCGCCUCACAGCAAGAAGGUCCGGGUUCGAGCCCCGUGGCCGGCGAGGGCCUUUCUGUGCGGAGUUUGCAUGUUCUCCCCGUGUCCGCGUGGGUUU